AUGAAUAAGUCAUCUAGAGCUAUUACAAGUUUUUGGCUUAUGAUGAGUUUCUUCAUUUUGAGCGAGGCUGAACCUAUGAAAACCCAACUUAGUCCAGAUUUUUACAGGACAACAUGCCCCGAUCUUUGGACAAUAGUUAGGCGAGAGGUUUUGAACGCGAUGGAAGAUGAGAUUCGAAUGGCUGCUUCGUUGCUUCGCCUUCAUUUUCAUGAUUGCUUUGUAAAUGGUUGUGAUGGUUCAAUUCUACUAGAUGGAGACGAAGAAAGUGAGAAAUUUGCUACUCCUAACAAGAAUUCUGCUAGAGGAUUUGAAGUCAUAGAUAGAAUCAAAAGCUCACUAGAGAGUUCAUGUAGUGGUGUUGUGUCUUGUGCUGAUAUAUUAGCCAUAGUUGCAAGAGAUUCUGUUUUCCUAAGUGGUGGUCCUUUUUGGUACGUUCAACUAGGACGUAGAGAUGGAUUGGUCUCGAACAAGACUCUAGCCAAUCUCGCAAUUCCUUCUCCAUUUGAUACACUAGAUAAUAUUACUUCCAAGUUUGAUAACGUCGGUCUCAAUCUCAAAGACGUUGUUACUUUAUCAGGGGCUCACACUAUCGGACGAGCAAGGUGCACAUUUUUCAGCAACAGAUUAUUCAAUUUCUCGGGGACAGAAGAACCAGACAAUACAUUAGAAUCUGAAAUGCUUUUUGACUUGCAAAAUUUGUGUCUGCAAGAUGAAGACGGGAACGCGACUACGGUUCUAGAUUCGAACUCAUUUGAUCAAUUUGAUAGCAAUUAUUUCAAGAAUUUACUAAAUGGAAAGGGUCUCCUAAGCUCUGAUCAGAUUCUGUUUUCAAGUGAUGAAGAGGUUACUUCAACCACAAAACAAUUGGUCCAAUUUUAUAGUGAGAAUGAAAGAGAGUUUUUUAUGGAAUUUGCUUAUGCUAUGAUUAAGAUGGGGAAUAUUAGUCCACUUAUUGGUUCUGAGGGAGAGAUUAGGAAUGAUUGCAGAGUGAUUAAUUCUUGA